CUUACAUAAGUGUAGUUUGCAACUUAUAAAGUUAGCUACCUUAGACAUAUCAAAUUACACAGAAAGGGCUGUGAAUGGUAGACAAUCAGAUGAAGGCUGUGUUUUCUAUGCGAACGUUGGCUUAGCGAAAUUGAAUGUCAAUAUGACAGCUAUGCUAACGAAAUAGUUUAGCUAUCUAGACUAUGGACCAAACACAUUAAAUGCAUAACGUUACCUGUCAUAUAAUUUGUCCACUUAUAGAGAACUCCUUCCAUAAUGUGCUUGCAGAAAUACCACACGACCCACGUCUCCAAAAAUCUCGCUAGUCCAGGCUGUGAACAAGCGAUUUGGUGGCAUUCACUCUGAGCCUCUACUGUGUCGCCCACAUGCUCGAUGCUAGGUAUAAGGAUUGCUACUUCGACGCAGACAAACAGGGUUUACGUGAAAUGUUAGACACAGCUGGACAAGCUGGAAACGGACACAGUGACAGCGCGCACCAAGGAAGAGGACCCAUGACAGAAGAGGCCACGGACAGACAGAGCUGAAACUUCACUGCUUGACAUGCAUGAUGAAAUCCUGGUUGAGAAUGAAACGACUGAACAAGGAAAGAGCACAGAAAUUGGAGUGUGUCUUCCGCCUGGUGCAGGUUGGCUGCGAGGUGAACGCCAUGACGACAAGGUUUGCCCAGACGCCCGCCCACAUCGCAGCUUUUGGAGGCCACCCACAGUGUGUGCUGUGGCUGUUGCAGGCCGACAUCAACAGACGGGGCCGACAUCAACAGACGGGACUAUGUAGGUGAGACCCCCAUCCACAAGGCAGCCCGGGCUGGUAGUAUGGAGUGUGUCAACGCCCUCUUGAUACAGGGUGCUAAACCGGACUUAAGGAACGCUAAUGGCUUGACGGCGGCAGACCUGGCCCACGCCCAGGGCUUCUGGGAGAGGCUUCUGGACAGCGUGAAGGCCAAUCGCAUCAAGAAGGCCAGAACAGAUGGUGUGGACCUGCCCACGUGGAUGCAUCAUGGCUGUGGGGAGGAGCUGGAGACCAUGUAUGUGGAGUCUGCAGCCCCAGACCCCAUCCUCAGAUGAACCCAAAGCCACCAUGGGUCAGACGAAUGGCAACGGUUGGCCACAGAACGGUGCCACCUCCACCAAUGGCCACAUGCCAACACACCUCAAGGGGGCCAACACUGCCGUGCUGUCAACCAACUUCUCGCCAUGGGGACUGCUGGCCUUGGCUACUUCAACUGAAAACGGGCUGUCGUCAUCACGGCCAACUUAUCAGGAGGCGGAGGAGACCCGGCGGCAUUCAGCCCACGAGAUGUGCGGUUCACUACACCUGACGGGAAGCCCCAGCAGCUGCGUUUCCCACCGGCCCUCCUGGAAGGCCAUGGCCAGCGACCCGGGGGACACCCUGCACUACGGACACUACCAUGGUGUCGGGGACACAGCAGAGGAGCACAGCAGCUUGGUGCACGUCGAGCAGCUUUACGACCAGGCCGUACUCAGUGCCAUUCCUAGGCCGUCAUUGAAAAUAAUAAUUUGUUCUUAACUGACCUGCCUAGUUAAAUAAAGGUUAAAAAAAAUUAUAGUCAACAUAGCUACUAGAAGUAAUGCGUUAGUAAACCUGCUACAAUCACGCAGUACAGUAAAAGCUUGGGCGUUAUCCAGAUUUUCAUACCAUUCUUCUGCCAUUCUGGGAUUUAUGGUAUUACCGGCUUAGCAUACAAGGGGGCACUAAAAAUGUAAAAAGCCCAUUGGGUGUCUACUACCAAAAUGCUAACAAAAUCUCGUUAUUUUUAGCUUGUAAAUGUCCACACUCUUGAUUGGUAACAUAACGUGUCAGUUCAUAUUGCAAGAGCUCUAAUAUUUUGGAUGACGUCCUCUGGAAGUCGUUGUAAAUAUCUAUGGAAGUCUAUGGAAGGGGGUGAGAACCAUGAGCCUCCUAGGUUUUGUAUUGAAGUCAAUGUACCCAGAUGACGAAAAAUAGCUGUCCUCCGGCUACACAAUGGUGCUACCCGAGAGAAUGUUGUUGAGGCUACUGUAGACCUUUAUUUCAAAACAGUGUGUUUUAAAUCAGUUAUUUGAAGUGCAUAUAUUUAGUAUAGAUUUUCUGAAAAGGACAACUUAAAGUUUCACUAUUUUUAUGAAAUUCACUGAGUAGGAUCGUCUUCCCCUUCCUCCUUUGAGGAACAUUCCACUGACCUACACACACUAACCCUUAUGUUCCCUCCCAAAGGUGCAAGGUCUUUCCCGCAGGGUGUCGCAGGCUGUGAGGAGGGGUACCCUUUCUGAGUGUGGUGCUGGACUGGCAUGGGUGGGCUCUCCAAGGGGCGUGUCUUCCAGUAUAGUAUAAUUAACCUGAUUUUAAGCCCAUAAUUGGUGCCAUUUUAACCACAGAAAGAAAAGUGUAACGUUUAUGGACAUUUACCAUUAAAAUGGUGCACACACACCAUGUACACAAUCAUAUGUUGCACUGGAAAAAGGCAGGGAUUUAAUCCAUUCAGUGGUACACCAUAAGCCAUCCCCUUAUGAAACACAUGAAAAUCUACAUGAUAAAUUGUCAUCUUUGUAACAAUUCAAUGCAAUGUGUGAAGGUAUGACUUGUGAUGUUACAUCUUAUUCAGGUCAGUUGUGCUGACAUGCUGAGAUGUUGACUUUCUUAGCCUGAACCUGUUCCUCAGUUUGUCAUGGUUCUCAUCUUGACAGGUUACCUUAGUGAUGGGCUGAAGAUGGCGGUUCCCAUGGUAAACAAGGCUCAUGAUGGCGUUGACGACCCUUGGCGUAUCAAAGUAAUCUGACGACGUUUGCUUUGGUUUCAGCCAACCUUGAAAACACAGACGCCAAGGAAUUGGUCGAGGUUUAUCUGCUUACCGUCUGAAGGACAUGGGCUAUGGUUUUCCAUUAGCUGGAACUGUCUGCUGAAUGGUGAUGGAUGAAAACUUCAGAAGGUUUAUCUCGAAUGAACUUUUGAACUGUUGGGAGAAAGAAUAUUUUAUAACCUAUGAUGUCAUAUUUUGUAUAUAAACUGUUGUUCGUUGUUACAUGGCAGCAC